AUGACAGUGGCGAUCUCUCAGCGGAAGAUCUUGAAGGAAACCUGGCCGUCCUCCCCGAAAUCCCGAUCUCGAUGCAUUGAGGAUCUGCAGGUGGGAGACUCCGGAUCGGCCACACCCGAGGAGAUCGAGAGGCUCCGGCAGAUAAUCUGGAAGAAGCGACAUCUGCUGAUCGGCAAAGGGAAUGCCUUACCCCCGGCGGCCAAGGGCGUCGUGUGUGAUAUCGAUGUUGGAAAUGCGAAGCCGAUCGCACUGCGAACCCGGAAAGUGCCCACGCGAUUCCGUGAAAAAGUCGCAGGCUUGAUCAAGGGCCUCCUGGCAGCCGAGAUCAUCCGACCCUCGACAUCGCCAUGGGCCUCACCGAUCGUGAUUGUCCGCAAGAGUAACGGCGUGGAUAUCAGCGAUUUGCUAGAAGAUCUUGAUAAAGCACUAUGGUACUGCUCGUUAGACAUGGUCAGCGGUUUCUGGGUCGUGCCCAUGACGGAUCGGGCUCGCGAAAUCUCAGCGUUCAUCACCCCGUUUGGAUUAUUCGAAUGGAGCUACAUGCCGUUCGGUUUAAAGAAUGCCCCGCAGAUUUAUCAACGCCUCAUAGACAACGCGCUGUACGGAUUUCUGAAGAUCUCCCCAUCCGGCGACGCUGCCUCCACAACGGACGUGUUCCAGACAGGGAUCGCGGACGAUCCUGAU